UCUUUAGGUUAUACGUCCAUCUUUACAACAGUGAUGUUAUUAUUUGUAAUUUCCAGUGUAAAGAUACAGAGUGUAUUCUCUAAAACAUGAUUAAAUCGUAGAGAAUAUACAGUUCUAUAGCUUAAUUAGAAAGAAUACAUAAUUUUACCUUUUGACACUCAAAUACAAAUGUUAAUAAACUUUUUGAACUCGAAGAAUUCGUCUGCUGAAAGGUUCAGAGUGAACUGGCUGAGCCCAUAGCCGGUGACCUAAGUCUGCAGUGUAGACGUCACCACGUCGGUCCCAUCAGUGAUCAAGUUAGCGGGGGGUGGGGGGGGAUCAGAUGGUGCCCCCCCACACCAAACCCGCAUGGUCCCCCGCCUUGUUGCGACUUCGGCGACCAUCAUCCCCUGUGGUGGCAAUGCCCCCGCAAAUCCGCUCUCUAUCCCUGUCAAAAGCAACCAGCAAUCAGAUGAAGGCAUGAGCCUCAUAGUUCAGCUCGGCACCACCAAUGUCGGGUACACUCCAACCCUGACCACAGCUGUAGUGAGCUCCAGCAACACCAGCAACCGCUCCGUCAACUUGCGUGCCCAGGUAGCUUCUGCGGGCCAGCAGCCUCCGAGCGUGGCCAAGCAUCGACUACCCAUGCAGAUCAAUCGGCAGCCGCAGCAGGUGAACCGGUCCCUGCAGCAUACUGCUUUACCUGCUCGCAACAUUGCAGCGCUGGCUCGUCCAAUCAACAACAACCAUGCGACGCCCCCUGUGUCUCAGUCUGCCCCCUCACCCACCAUCGCUGGCCGAGUACUUGCCAGCCCUGUCAAGGAUUCUACUUUGGAUGAUGAUCUUCUGGAAGGUGUUGUGGAGAAGAGGCCAAAAUACCAUAAACAUCUUCCGUUAAAUUAUCAGUACGUCCUGCAAGAUCACAACUAUGGAGCACCUCCACCCCCCACUCCCAACUCUCCGCCAAAGCCGUUGGUCAAUGGAGUGGCAACAACCAACGGCUUGACACGCAGCCAGCCUCCCAUCAGCCAACAGCCUCCCAACAAUACUCACUACGCAGCCAACACCUUUGCAGCCAACCGCCAACCCAAGAAUGUGCUACCUACCAUACCACCUGCUUCCACCACCUUCGGCAGCACUACCAUGUCCAACGUGUUUGGCAUCGGCACACGUGGUCCGGUGCGAGGAGUCACUCCAGCCGAGGAGAGUGAUGUGGAGAGUACAGAUGGAGAAAGGGAGGUCGAUCCCCAAGGCGAGGAAACUGAAACUGCCCCUGAGGGCGAGGACAACGAAGACGACAGUGUCACUAGAUGUAUUUGUGAUUUCCAGCAUGAUGAUGGCUAUAUGAUAUGCUGCGACAAGUGUUCGGUUUGGCAGCAUGUGGAUUGUAUGGGGAUUGACAGAGCCAAUAUCCCAGAAGAAUACAUGUGUGAGAAAUGCCAACCUCGCCGUAUAGACAAGCAGAAAGCCAUAGCACUGCAGAUGAGGAAGAAGAAGGAGCUUCUGGACACAUCCGACUCUUCCAGUGACACUUCCUCAGGUUCUGAUACAAAUGUUCCACCGCGUAAACCAGGAGCACCAGCUAACAACCGGAAACCGGCUCAGCGCAAGAAUAUUACAACGGGUGGCAAGCAGCGACGUGAAUCCAACAAGGACUCAAAUCGCCAGAAUAACAGACAGGUUUUCCGUAAGAAGCAAACAGAAAAGAGGCCACCAUUAAGAAGGAAGAGUUCCCAGCCUUCUGUGAAUAACAAUCCUCCGGCCGCUGAGAAGAGUUCUCCGGUUGAGAAGAAGCCACCGACCCCUGUCACUCCGGUUGAGCAGCUGCGGCAGUGGAUAGACAGUUAUGAGGAAGCCGUCACCAACCACUACUCACCUGAACUACGCGCCAGGGUAGCUGCCAUUAAGGUCAACGGAGUACAUUCUGACCUGAAGCUGCCCACAAAUCUGUUGACUACACCCAAGUACCGCAUCUCACUCCUCCCCUCUGGAGUUAAGAUCCUAGUGGCGACUGUGGCACUAUCCAGUAACCAGCCUUUAGUGGAGCUUAGGGGCAAGUACAUGUUGUGUGGUGGGGGAGCCAACCGUCCCCUUCGUCCCCCUGUUCCACCACCAGGACCGUACAUCUUCCACUACAAGUUACCUCGAGAUAACACAGAGGUCUGCGUUGACGCUAGGACCUAUGGCAACGACGCUCGCUUUGUACGACGCUCUUGCAAACCCAAUGCUGAGGUAAGACAUUGUAUCGAAAAAGGAGUUCUUCAUUUAUACCUGGUGACGACAAAAGCAAUGGAUAAAAACACAGAAAUAACUCUUGCCAUGGGUCCGGGGCUUGUGUGUGCAUCUUGUUUGGACAACCCCUGCCCAGCGGCUGUGCCUCUCACCUCCACUGACAAUCAUAAGAUCCUUAACGGGCUGAUCUCUCCAAACAAUAACAACAACAAUGUCAAUACUCAAAUCUCAGACAAACGCAGGCGUGGUAGAAGACGAACAGUGUCUGAAAACCUAUCUCCGCCAAAAGCUUCACCAAAACCAACACCGAAACCGCAACCUUCCAAGGCUCAAGCUGCUUCUAAAGUGUCUCCGACUCCCAAGCCAACACCCAAGGUGGUCCCAUCGGUGCGAGUGCCUACACCCCCGCCACGGGUGCCGACACCUCCCCCUCCACCUGAGCCUGAAGUGGAGAAACCCGUAAAAGCUCCCACCCCUCCACCCUCCCCUCCUGCUGCUCCUUCCCCUCCCCCACCCGCACCCACCACACGCAGUGCUGCCAACAACGCAGCUCGCAAACCACCUCCCGCUCCCACCACUCCCAAGAAGAAGGAAGAGCCCCAGAAGGAGGAAGUGGUAAAAGAAGGGACCAAACUGAGCAAAAAGGAGGCUGCGGAUAAGAAGAAUAAAAUGACGAGAGAAGAAAGGAAGAUGGAAGCAAUAAUGAAAGCUUUUGAACGUAUGGAGAAAGACCAAGCCCGUAAACAAGAAGCUCAGGCCAGGCAGACUCAUCGCAAAGAUUCUACUGAAACAGAUUUUAAACCUCAUCUGACUGAGACCAAGGAAAAGGAGAAUAAGGAAAAGGAUAAAUCAAGUGACAAGGAGGACAACAAUUCCAGCUCUAAGAAUAGUCAACGCAAGAGGAAAUUCACAGUGACAAAGCGGAAAGGGCGCGGCAGAUCUCAAAGCACUCCACAGCCAGUAUUAAGGCCACGCCGGACGCUACGUCGUAGCCAGCCAACGCGGGAGCGAUCUCCUGACUCUGCUGAGUCCUCUGAUGACGAGUCACCUUUGAGACAGCGGCCGAACCGUACCCCCACCCCUCCCCCUGCACGACGCCACACUCCCCCCACCACUCCCACUCAGAACAAUACGACUAGUACUGCCACAGACUACAAGAAGAGCUACGAGAGUCCACCGCCACACACCAGUCCUAGCAGUGGUGCUGGGGACACUCCGCCAACACCCAUGUCCAAGACAGCGAUGUUGAUAGCGGCAGCCGUAGGACCACUCGCUCCAGGCUUCAAGUUCCCCAAGACUAAGAAGGGAAUAUUGACCUCGUGGCUCAACAAGUCACCAGAGAGUUCUCCGCCAGCACAGCCAGAGCAGCAAGGCUACAACGCCAAGAAGCGAUGGCUGCGUCAGGCCAUUAGUGAGGAGUGUGACUCCCCCAACAGUCGUCCUGACGUGACCAACUCUCCUUCUGAACAUGUAGCUCCGCCCAAGAAAAGGCGAAUGGCUCGAGAGUCCAUCUCUGAGGACCAUUCCGUCACUCCCCCUACCACGCCUACCCACACGGCCGAGGCUCUUAGUCAGAUGACUGAUGAAGAGGACACAGUCUCAUCUCCUCAAGAUAAUGUUAAGCCAGCUCAAGAGAGCCACGAUGAGGUGUGUGGAAGCAGUCAGGAAUCAGAAGGACCUGAUUCCCCAACCCCAGCUUUAAAAUCUAAAACUAAAGUUAAAAAGGAAGCGGAAGAAGAAACAGAAGAAUCAGAAGGGGAACAACUGAAACCGAAUGUUUGUGUGAAAGAAGAAGAUUCUACCGUGAAGGAUGAUUUUAAGGUCAAAGAAGAAGCUGUCAAAGAGGAAGGACAGGUGAAAUGUAAAACCGAAGCAAAGGAAGGGAGAAAAACCAGGUCAUCAGGCAGUGAAGACGAGGUGAAAAAAACUAAAACUGCUGAGCAAUCAGCAGCUGCUGCCGCGACAGCCAUAAAACGCAAGCUCUCAAUAUCAGAGUACCGUCAGAGGAGACAGCAAGGCGGGGGAAGUGGCACAGGGCAGGGAACUACAGGCAAGAGUGGUGGAGGGACAGGUGGAGCUUCCUCACCCCCCACCUCUGCCACCUCCUCCAUGUCCUCAUCAUCUUCUGAAGAUGAAGAGGAGCCUCAGCCUCAAACUGUCAUUGCCAAGUCUCUAAUGUUAGAGGCGGCUUUGGAUACCAACCUUGCUAAAAAACCUCCAACGAAUAAUAUUUUUAGUUCAGCCCCGACAUUGGUUGAACGCCAACGUGAAAACUUGACCCAGAGACUCAAAAGGGAGUUUGGACUGUUUCUCAGUGAUGACGAGGAGCAAGAGAAGGCCAGAAAGCAAGCAAAUAUCGACUCUCUGAAUAAACAAGAGAAGGAGAAGGAGUUGGGUAAGAAAAUGGUGCCACCUCCACCUCCCCCACCACCAGCAGAUCCGCCUGCUCACUACGGACCUCUCUACUUCCCCGGAGUGGGGCACCCAAUGUACUCUAACCGCUACCCCCCAGCCACUGCAGCACCCACACCCUUCUACAACCCUGGCUCCUCUUACUACCAGCAUUAGGUCUGGAACUGUUUGUUGUUGAAAUAUUGUUGAUUUUAUAAUUAUAACUUGUUUUGCAUAGUGUUCAUGCAUAAAGAUGUUUAUUACACUAGUAUUUAUUUGUUAAAUUUUCCAGUUGCAGAUAUUUAACACACUUUUUUAAUAUUCCAGUUACUGAAGUUUACCUUACCUUCGACCCAGAAAAAGUUCCUGUCCUCUACCUUCUCAUCCUCAUACGAAGGUAAAGUCUAAACUUAUCUUCAUAAAUUCCCAUUCAUCUUUGUUAAGGUUGAUCCUGUAAUUUUAUCUUGGGAUUUUUCAAUUGACACUGAGGCACUUCUCUAUUAUCUGUUUCUAGUUGGUAAGAAUGAGAAAACAGAAAAGUCUUACUAAUGGUUACUAAAACCAAUUUCUGUGUAUCAGAAGACCUUUUUAUAUAAACCUUUACAGCGAAUGAUUAUAAUUUGUGAGAUUUAGCUGCAUAUUUGGUUUUUAGAAAACAUUUAUUUUUGUUUAUUUUUACCUAUCAGUUUAUUAAUAAUCCCUAAGCAUGUUUUUAGAUAUAUCUUUUAAUAGUAUUUUCAUAAGUAAUUUUGCUAUAGUGCCAUGUAAUAAAAUAAUUGUGAAUAUUGUAACCUUACAGGAAUAUAAUUAAGAUUCCAUCUUGUUGGUGGCUAACAAGGCCAGUUGUUUUCAGGACCGUUGCAGACAUUGAUGUACUUAUGUAAUCGGUCUAGUGACAUAUACCAAGCAGUACAACCAGUAACGCUAGUAAGAAGGCAAGAGAAAUGUGUACAGAAAUGGCUAUUGUAAAUACAUAAAUCAUCACAUAAUAAUUGUAAUCCUUCCUUCAACCCCAUGUACAGAAAGUGUAAAAAUGGUUUUAUUUAUAUCGUUCUUUAUUUUUUUAUUAAAAAAUAAAAUUUGAAAAAUAGAGACGAGUUUUAUUGUGCAUAGAGCAAAUUAGUGUACAUUGAAACAUUGUACAUGUUGUUUGUUUCCAAGUAUCUGUAUAUAGGAUUGCUAUAUAGGUGUUUGAUAAUUACAUUGUGAGAUGUAUAAAACAUAAAUUUUAAUGUUUUUAGCACCAAUUAUGUUCAUAAAGGUCACAUGCUAAUAUUUAGCUUAACUUAUCUUUUUGUAAAAAAACACACAAUUCGAGUUGAUUUAAAUAAUGUUAAUCGUGAUAAAUUUGAAAUCUAAAUUAGAUCACUAACUGUUGACCUUCGUGAGAACAUAAUUUUACGAAACCAGUUUCAAGUUUUAAAUGUUUACACAAUCAAAGAUUAUUCAUACCUUAUUUUAAUGUAAGAUUGAAAUUGGUUUCGCCCGGUGAAUGUAGGUGCUUUCUGAAUUAUUGUAAUCUCAUACAAUAUGUUUUAAGUAGAGUACAAACUUUUUUUUUCAGCUUUAAGAUUUAUUUUAUUAUUUUUGUAAUAACAUAAUGCAUAAGUUUUGAGGUUAAGAAAUGUAAAGUUGUAAGUGUAAUUCAGCAACAGUAUUUAUAAGAUGGGCAAUAAAUUCAGUGUUGUAUUUUUUUAAUGAGAAACAAAUAGUUAAGGCAAGUUCUGUGAUUUAGUGUUCUUAUGUUAAUUUGUUUUAAUUUAUUUUUUUAUUAAUCAUACUAACAGAUGUUUCAACUUCAUUUUUUUAAUUCAUAGACACUAACAAACUUUUUUUAAGGUCUUGGUUUAUUUCUAAUCUCACACUUUGGUGGUUUUGUUAGUACUAAAUAUGAUAGUAAUAAUGUUGCUGAUCACUAUUGUUAGCAUCAGAUUGAAAUUUUUGAUUUAAUUAUGACAGAUGCCAACUAGUUUCCUGUUGGCAACUUCAUUAUGGUUAGCAGGGAAGGACAGAGUUCUAGUUUGGAAUGCAAGCAAUGCAUUCUAAUUAUUGGUUCAGCUACCAAAUGGUGUAAAUUUCCUGGUAAAUCCUCUUUAUGGCACAGCAGCAAACAUGGUGAAAUAAUAAAAAAACUUACUUCUCUUGAUGUAUAAACAUAACAUACGAGUUACGACUUACCUCAGAAAAAAAAGUAAUAUGGUUCUUUAUUAAUGAACUAUUCUAUCAUAGUCAUUGAAUAGUCAUUUAUUCAGUCUUUAAACAAUACAUUAUUGUAAUUGACAUCGUCAUUAUUAUUGUAAAAAGAUAUAAGAUGCAUAAAAAAGGGUUUUCAUAUUAAGAAAUAUUGUUUAUUAAACAUUUUUCAUAGUUAAUUGCAUACGUAACUAUACAUAUUUUUAUCUACUUUCCGUUAAUUACAUUUACGAUUUUUGAAGCUGUCCACUGUUUGGAUUGACUAAGCCAUUAGAGUAAACAUUUAAAAAGUAUAGAUACAUGCUCUUUUGAGCUUUGUUACGAAGGUCCAGGUUUAUCAUUGUUCAUUUAUAUAUUCCUCCCUAAAUAGUUUAGCCCUCAAAUUCAUAAAUAUAUUCCAAAACAAAAUGGUACAAAAUCAAUUAUAUUUAUAACAAUCUAGAUUACUAACCUUUUCAGACUCAUCAGCUCGAACAUUAGUCAAUAGUCAGCAUUUCUAAAGCAUAGCUUUAUUAUCAGGUUAAGAUACAAGAUUUUGUUUCUCAAACGGAAAAGUCAAACACAACAUUUUCAACAUCCAACUACUACUCAAUACAUUAAUCAUUUUUUUUUUUUAUGUCGAGUAUUUUGUAGUUUAAUGUUAAACUUGACUAUAGGUGAAAUUAACACAGUUACCAUUGACUAAUGCUGCAUCUGGAAAGACAGAAAAGAUCAGUAAUCAACGUUGUUGAAAAAUAUCAAUUUGGUUAUCCAGUAAACAUUGCUCUUCUCAAGGUUGGAUGGGUGUUCUGCACCUGCUUUAAUCCUUGGAGGAAUUGUUUACUCAAAAUGACGAACUUGAUCCAAACAGUAGAUCAAACAAAAAUGACGACCUUAAGGAAAUGUAGCUGGCAUACAAUAAAUGAAGUAGGUCUUAAUAAAUAAUUCUGUUCAUUGUUGAAUUAGUUGUAGUUUUUUAAUCAUGCUUACCAGAAGAUAACUUGUUUCCAAUGCGGAUAUUGUAGCUUGUGGGAUUUCUUGGUGUUGCACAUUACUCAGUAAAUUUAACAAAAAACUACUGAUGAGUUGAAGCUUUAAUAGGUUUAACUAACACAGAAAAUGUUUUGACUUAUCUGAACCCGUGAAUGAUUAUUUAUCAAUAAUAUUGAGUACUUUAAACUAAACGUGAACUGUAAGUAUAGCUAGAUGAAUCAGAUCUAGAAGGUAUCUUAAUUUUCAAAAUUAGCCAGUAUGAGGAUUGUGUACAUCAACCCACCAAAGUGUGACCAAUUUUUUUUACAGGCAUGAUGUUUUUAGAAUUAAUCCAAGAUUGUGUUGUUAUUAGCUAUAAGAUGUUUAUUGUUAAACUCGUUGUGUUGGGCUGGGCUGGUAAAUAUCACAUUCCCAACACUCGGGCAAACAAAUUUGUAAGCUCCAUCUUGUAAAUAUUGGCCUAGAACGAUUUGUCUCUGUUUGUUCUUUAAAAUGUACAAAACCAAUGCAGAUAUUGUAGCUGACGGUUUUUCUUGGUGUUGUGCAUAAUGCUCUUUAAUCGUAGUAAUAAAAAAGCUUAAGAUAAUUUAACAA